CCAGCCGUACAUUACUCUAUCAAGACCAUAUCUAUCAAGAAUACUUUUAUAUCUCUGCACCGGUUUUUUAUUCUAUUUAUUUAUAUUUACAGUGUUUUGAUCUCAGUAUAUUACUGUACUAAAUUUUCAAUUCCACAUUAUUUAUAGGAUAUCGCAUUACUGCAUCACUGUUUUUAUAUAUUAUUAUUGGACGGUACUGCACUACUUGUAUCUAGUCUACUUCACAGGUUGCUAUACUUGACAAGAUGAAUACUAGACACCAAAGAACACGUCGUCCUGCGAUUAUUAAAUGUCCAUGUGUCAAAUGUGGGCAGGAAGUUACAGCUAGGCAACAAGCGAUGGAGUGUGAUUGUGGUCGCUGGCAACAUCGAAAGUGUGCAACUGGCAUUACAGCAGCUUUUUACUCAGAAGCUAUGAGACAAGGUACCAGUUUUGAUUGGAAAUGCACUCCUUGCAUGAUAUCUGAAAUACCACAGCCCGAUAAUGACGAGAGAUCGAUGAUUGCAUCGCCAACAAGCAAUUCAGGUGAUGAUAAUGAAGUAAUGGAGUCUACAAGACUAACAAAUACUAGUUCGCCCCAACAUCAUGAACCAAUGAUGGUAUCCAUAGAUGCGGAUAACUACGCAGUCGGUAACGUUGAGCCUGUGGAUGAACUGUCAACGGGAGACCCGCCCACUGAAUCAUACAGGUCUGACUAUGCCGAUGUACCCAUCACAUAUACUAAUGAUAAUGAAGUACUCGAGUCCACAAGACUGACAAAUGUAAGCUCGCCCCAACAACAUGGACCAGUCAACAUAUCUCUGUAUGCGAAUAAUUACGCAAUCGAUAACGUCGAACGUGUAGAAGAGUUGUCAAUUGGAGAGUCACCAAUAGAAUCCGACAUAUCAGACUGCACUGAUGCACCCGUCACGUAUGCUAUUGUUGAAGGUUCAACAAAAAGAAUGAAACCAAAGCUAAUAGACUCUAAUGGUUAUACAUAUACAAUGAAAAGAAAAACAAACAAAGGAAUAAUGUGGACUUGUCCUAAGCGAACUAAACAAAUGUAUUGUUUGGCAUCAGUGGUUCAGCGAGGAGGAGAUUUUAAACGUGGUGCACACGACCACCUUCACCCAGGACUUCCCGGUCAAGCAACUGUGGCGAAGGUAUAUUCGAGUAUCAAAUCCAACGCUUCAGAAAAAGUGUUCGAACCAGCAGGCGAAAUUGUGGAGGAUGCAAUUAGAGAAUUCGUAGGAGAAGAACCAGUGCCGACAUUACCGUCGUUUGAUUAUCUAACAAGAACUACAAAUAGAUUCAGACAGAAGAUGCGCCCAGACGAGCCAUCACAUCUCAUGGAUUUCGAAAUAAACGAGGAUUUCCUUCCGCCAGAUUUCAUCCACAAAGAUGUC